AUGCGUGACCAUUAUGAGUCUACAUACAAGAAAAAUAAACCUGAAUCUAUUCAUGCUGUAUAUGUUAAUCCACGUACCUUAGAUAUAUGGUGUUAUAGUUGUUCGAUUGCAUUAAAUCCAUUUAGUAAAGAUCAAGAAUUCUCUCAGGAUACGCGAGAUUACUUGAAAACUGUUGUGAGAUGCCUGCAGGUCAAACGAAAUAAAUCACAACAUUCAAUCGAUCAAUUUACAAUUGAUGUUCCUGGUCUGGUUGGAUUAAAAAAUUUGGGAAAUACCUGUUAUGCAAGUGCUGCUCUCCAAUGUUUAUCUAAUACGCCAGCAUUGAUAAAUUAUUUCAGUUAUUGCAAUGCAUAUAUUCCACGAAGUCUUAAUAUUCAUACAAAGAAUUCCAAGUAUCGGUUGGCUGAUCAUUUUAGUCAAUUCGUAGAAGCUAUGUGGAGUGGUACCAGUCCGAUUUUUGCUCCAAUUCGAUUGAUUAGUGAGAUCAAAAAGCAUAAUGAAACUUUCAGAGGUCAUUCACAAGAGGAUUCCGCGGAAUUUCUUCGUGUUAUUUUGGAUAAACUUCAUGAAGAACUGCCGUAUCCACAAAAUGUGCUAAAUCAUACACAAACAAAUGGCAACACUAACAAUCAUGUUCAUGUAAAUUAUUCUCCAUCAAUGGAUGCUGGUGUUAAUUCCAUGAUGGAUGAUCAUUAUGCAUGUGGAAUUUCUUCUUCAACAUCUUCGACAUCUUCGAUUACUACUUCAAAAAAUUAUGAAGCGUUUCAAAGACGUAACUCUUCAUCAAUUAGUAUAAUUAGUGACAUAUUUCAAGAUGUUUUUGAAAGCAAAAUUAAAUGCCUUCAUUGUAUGAAGGAGUCUAUAAAAGAAGAAUACUUUUAUGUUCUUCCGAUUCAGAUUGAUAAAAAAUAUAAACUUAAAUCACAAGAAAAAAAUUUAAAUGGUGCUUUAAAUACAUUUAUAGGUUCUAUGGGUGAUUUUUUAGGUAUUGGUGGAAGAACAGUAAAAUUACAAGAUUGCCUCGCUGCAUUCUGUGCCACAGAAAAUCUUACUGGUGAAGACAGGUACAGAUGCGAUGGAUGUAGAUCCUUGAAUGAUUGUCAAAAAACGUUAAGAAUUACGCGGUUACCAGAGUCACUUUGUAUACAAAUUAAACGGUUUCGUUUUGAAUCUUAUUUUUCAUCAAAAAUUGCCAUGCAUGUUCAAUUUCCAAUGGAAGGUUUGGAUAUGAGACCUUAUUGUAAAGAAACAAAAGAAUCAUCUAAUAAUUCAAAAUAUAAUUUAUAUGGAUUAAUUCACCAUCGUGGUAUUAUUGGAGGUGGGAUAAUGAAUUUUAUUUUCAUGAGUAAUGAUAAAUUCGACAAAUUAAGCUCAAAUGAAUUUGUAUUGAUUCCUAAAGGUGGUCAUUAUGUUGCUUAUGUUAAGAAUCCUAUUGAUGACAAUUGGUAUGAAUUUGAUGAUACGUAUGUUACAAAAAAGACUGCAGCUGAGAUAUCUCGAUUAGAAGCAUAUGUGUUAUUCUAUAAAAAGACAUGUCCCGAGAAAGAACAGGAAAGGCAAGAUAUCCUUUCGCAAAUAAGUGAUGUGUGUGUUAAAUGGAGACUUUAUCAUAAGCUUAAUGAUAUGGUUGUAAAAAUACCGUUCAGUGUUUAUACCCAAUUAAUGGAAAAAUAUGGUAUAGAUGGAAGUCCACCUUUCCAUGCAGAUGAUUACGGGCGAGCUGGAUGUCAAAUAUGCGAGCAGGAAGAAAGAAUGUUAGACCAAAGGCGUCGUAAAGAAGCUCGUGAUAUUAAUCAAAUAGAUACUAACGUAUUACGCCAUGGUGAAUACUGGUAUUUAAUAAGCAACUCUUGGCUUGAAAGUUGGCAUAACUUCAAGAAAGGAGGUCCAUUACCUGGUGCAAUUGAUAACACAACAUUCCUUCAGGAAGAUGGAAGACCAAAACCCGGUAUGAAAAGAGCAAUCGAUUAUAGAGCAGUGAACGCUAAUGUUUGGAAUUAUUUUGUACAUGCUUAUGGGGGUGGUCCUAUAUGUAUUCGGGGCGCAAUCGAUCUUUACUCUUCACCUUAUUCGUUAUAUUAUAACGAAAACUAA